UGAGCAGUAGUAGCGUGAAUACAGAGGACCAACAAUAGUGGCUGGUCGAUCACCAUUCAUCCAUCUAUCAUGCGAGAAAGCAUCGAUGUAUCGCGCGGUUUGACCGAAUUUUUGCAAAAUAAUUCUGCGCAGGUGAUACGCGGAUCGUUUGUUCUAUUUUCGCGUCCGUGAUGCCAGUUUGAGCAACAUGAAAAGUGGUGUGUUAUUUUUAGUCCCCAACUCCUUAAUUAACAAAAAAGAAAAUCUCGCCUGAUGAGAAAAACGACGAUGUCGUCGUCACCGUCAUUAUAUCUGUGUGUGGCUGCUUUCGCGAUAGAGCUGCUGCCCCCUUCGCUGGAUGGCUGGAAAGUGUUAUUGUGUAGUGGUGUUAGUGCUGCUGGUUUGCAAUAAGUGUCGCGGAUUUAUGCGAAUUUCAGAGAAAGAGAGUAGCAGAGAGUACUUCAGUUUGCUUACGGUGCUUGCAUUUUGAAGGUUGUGAACUAAACACACAAACGUGCUUUAAUCCAGCAGCAAAAAAAAACUUACUGAAGCAACAAAACAACAUCAUUACAAAUGAAGCCGGUAGUGUACUUAUAGUGGAUACGUGUGACUUAUGCUGACUCUGGUGGUUAAAUGUAUGCAAGUAUUAUUAUUGAUCGAUGAAGAGUGUACCUCAAUUACGAUUGGUGGCAGUAAGUGAAAAUGAAGGAAAAUUUCACCGAAAACACUGCGAUUUGGCUUGUGAGUGAGAGCUAGUGCAUAAUUUGAGGUGGUUCGGCAUGAGAAGAGUGAUUCAAGUUUUAUUUUGUUGAAACCUAGCCAAUAUCGAUCGCGUUGACCAGGCAGUGUUGCAGAGUGUUGGGGGGUGUGGGUGGUUAUAGCAAGGCCGUAAAAUGGUUUCCCUGUCGGAUGAUUCCAAUGGUGUGCAGAGAAAAAACAAAUUUCUGCCGCAACUGGUUCGACGGCUGGGAAUUGGCCGGAACAAGACCAUCAUCAAGCCGGGUACCGCACAGGAUUCGGAAGAUGAGGUGUGCCUGCGGAAAAAGAUUGUGUCAUUCGACGACGAUGACGAUGGGGUUGGUGACGAGGUAGUUGACCGUCCCACCAGUUUGCCGUUGUUGAUCAGACACGGUGACAAAAGGCAAUCGGUGGACGCUGGAAGGGAGGAAAAGGCAAUUAGCUUGGGCAGCGAAGGAGCCGCCCGGUUGACGUCGAUUCUUAAGCAACCUGGUUCGCAGGUGUACGUGGUCGAAGACGGACGUGAAUUGUUCAUCAGAGGAAAAGUGAACGGGAAACCGCUAGAAGAAGGCACCAACAGUUCCGGAAACGAAUCAUCUUCGUCUCCCUUCAGACGGGGCUCGUCCUUUCGUCAAAGUUUUAACUACCUCUUCAAACGAAAUCGACUGAAAUUAAAGGACCGGUCCUGCACCAGUGAUAGCGAUUCCAACGCCGUUCUCGAGCUAGACGAAGACAAUAGUUGUGCCAACACGCCAAAUAAACCUCUUUUGGAUGCCUUCCUGCCGGAAAAGGUGCCUUCGAAACGUGCCAGUACGGGUGACAUAUUCGACGAUAUUGUGAUACAGCUCAAUGAAGAUUUUGGAGUGAAGAACAAGGCAAAGUCCCAUCGAAGAAUGCAUUCCGAUUCGAUGUACUUUAGUGUCGUAUCCUCAGCUGCCACAGGCACCGAUAGAUCUACAAGCAGCGUUGGUAUAGGCUGUCGUCCACUUCCAAUUUCCACAACCAUCGAGCCGUUGAGUUCCGAUGUGCUGCAGCUCCAGAACAACAGUCAGUUGUCGCGUAGCCCAAGUCACACCUCCACAGGAAAGAGUGAUCAAAAAUCUUUAAAAUCCCUCACGUCUUCACCGCUGGCGGUAGCACCGACGAUAAGAAGUUCCAGCCCACAUCCGUCAAAAUCGGUCACCAAAAAUGACUCCAGUGAAAAGCCGGAAAAGCCAGAGAAAGAGAAGAAGAAAAAAGAGUUCAACAGUUCCCGCCAGAAGAAGUUCUCCCGGCAUUUUAUCCAGGUGGAGGACGAGAAAGUGUUGAACUACUUUUCUUGCGCUUUGGUCAGUGACAUUCUGUUGCAAGGUCACCUCUACAUCACGCAGAAUUACUUUGCAUUUUACUCCAACGUGUUUGGAUAUGUAACAAAGCUUUUGAUUCCCACGGUGUCGGUGAUCAAAAUCUCUAAGGAAAAGACCGCCAAAAUGUUCCCGAACGCGGUCGGUGUAACUACAUGUGACGAUCGUCACGUGUUUGGUAGCUUUAUGAGCCGUGAGGCCGCCUACCGGUUGAUGUGCAGCGUGUGGCGUCCGGUGGCCCCGGCGGAAAUAUUGGAACCGACCGCACAGAAGGUUCCCGACGUCGAAGUGUCCGAGUGUUCGGUCGAGGACGACAGCAGCUGCUCAAUUAGUGGUAACGAAAGUUCUUCCCAUGUGAAAGAUAAAAAGUCUGACUUAGUUGAUUCGGGUGACUCGACUAACGAUAAGCUGACGGUAACAGAUGGCACCAAGCGAUCCCACGACGUCACCAAAAGUAUUAAAUCGGUGCAGAAGGAAAUUAUCAUCAAGUCUCCGGUGGCGUUGCUCACACCCGGAGUGAUCCUGAAGGCGGCAGCUUCGGCCAAUAUCGGUCUCAAAGAGAAAUCCAACUGUAGUGAUACCCUCUAUCAGAACACUAGCAGCAGUAGUAAUGACGAUAGUAUGCUAACAAGACUUAGAAACAGGCUACAGAAAAUCUUUCCCUCCGAUUUUGGUGUUAUACACGUAGGAAUAAUUUUAGCAAUAGGAUUAGCUCUGUUUUCCUGUUUUCUCAUGUACAAAAUACACUACCUGCAGACCCGGAUGUACAGUUUCAACGACUUGCGUUGGGGCGAGAACGAUAAUAUGGAUGUUUACGCUGAAGUUUUACGGUGGCAGAAACAAAUGCAGGACAAAAGCACGGAGGAGGCUCAAAUAGUUCUUAAUUCUAAUUUAGAGCAAAUUGCUAAGGUACGCAAAAGUUUGGAAACAUUGUCAGUUCUAUUGCACGAUUCCUCCAAAAAGUAUGGUGUGGCGAGUGGCAACCCCGACGUGGGCAACGUGGUUCUGGAGAGUACAUCCGAAUAUACGACGUAACAAACAAAGUAACAAACAGUGCAUCGUAGUGUUUGUGUGCUUCAAAAAGCAAAAAAAAAGUAAUACAAGCUGCAAGUAGAAUAGUUUUGCUAUCAUCUUUAACUUAUAAUCGUGAUAUUUAUUUUUAAGUAUUUAUUCGCGAAAGCUAGGUUGCAUUUAAGAACAAAAAUUAACAAAAGCAAAAUGUGUGCGCUGGAUCGAUCACAGAACCAGCCAAAAUAGUUAACAGACAGAAAGACAGUUCAACACAAAUCAACAUUAAAAAUUAAACAAAUUGUUAGUCAUUAGUUCCUUUAGGCCUAUCCACACGUGCUAAAGUUUAGGACGAUUACUCCGUACUCCCAGCAUAGCUGAACUUUGAUCAUGGCUCUGAAAUAAUCGAUAUCGCAGUUGUCAAAAGCUAGCUAGUCACAGCAGAAGAGAAGAGACAACGGACAUAGUCCACCCAGGUUUAGGAUGGCAACGUUUUGGACUUUUAGUAAUAUUUCAAACAGCUUUGAGAUUACAAGGAGUGAGCAAUAGUUUUCGCUGUGGUUCAUCAAGUGGCGCUGAAAAGUUCUCAUAAAUUAGGCCUUUUGUGUAAAGUAAAUUAAUACAAAACAAAUGUUAUACGUCUAGUGAAAUAGUUCGUUUAAAAAUGUUUUGAGAAAUUAUUGUUAUGGACUCAUAACAAGACCGGAGGCAUAUUGUUACAUUGAUAAUUUCGGUGGAUUUUUCUGAAAUAUUUCAUCUGCCAAAUUCUACAUCACGUGUCAUUUUUAUGUUGAA